AUGCAGAAGCAAGAGGCAAGAGAAGACGAAAGAAGAGGUGAUAAAAAAACAGAGGAAGUAGGAGAAGGAAAGCAAGAACAGAGAGAGGAAACAGAGAAUCAUGAGAGGGAAGGAAUUAGAGAGGAGGAGAAGGCGUGUACUCCACUAAUGGCCCUGAACCACGUUUCAAGGCUGUGCAGAGAUGUGAAAGAGUCCAUAGAGUUUUACACAAAGGUUUUGGGAUUUGUUUUGAUAGAGAGGCCACAGGUUUUGGACUUUGAGGGUGCAUGGUUGUUCAAUUAUGGAAUUGGUAUACACUUGGUGCAGUCCAAAGAUGAAGAUAGAUUGCCUUCUGACGCUGAGCACUUGGAUCCCCAGGACAAUCAUAUAUCCUUUCAGUGUGAGGACAUGGAAGCCAUGGAGGAAAAAUUGAAGGGGGUGAACGUGAAGUACAUGAAAAGGACUUUGGAAGAAGAAGAUGGAACUUCCAUAGAUCAAAUUUUCUUCAACGACCCAGAUGGGUUCAUGGUGGAGAUAUGCAACUGUGAGAAUCUGAAGCUCACUCCUGCCGGUUCACUUGGCAAGAUUAAGCUACCACUGGAUCGCCGCACCCCACCACUUGAAACAAAUCAAAAUGAUCACCAUGAUGCUGCAAAAUAAGUUUUCCAACGUUGUUCAUCUUGGUUAAUUUUGGGGUCUUUGUAUUAGGAGAACCACAACGAGUUUCAAAGAGAUUUUUUAUUACUUUUUUCAAAGUGUGUACCCAUACAUAAUCGGGUCACAUAACUGUUUGGUUGCUGUAAAAGAAGAGACUGUUUGAUGCAUAGAAUGUAACUCUGUACUUUGGAUAUUUGUAAAAUCUAUGUUAUGUUUUAUUCAGGAACGCAGAAUCACUUGUUAGGGAAAAAAAAAAAACAGUUGAAGCAUUUUUUAGUUAAGAUAAGUCUUUAGAGUUUUUUUGUUUUUGUUUUUUGUUUUACAAAGUCUUUAGAGUGUA